AUGAGCCGUUGGCUGCAGAUUGGCCAAAACAAAUUCCGUGUCGACGACACCUACGACCAGGUUUUAGCAUAUGUUAAAACCCACCUCCACUCACCGCAUCACUGUCCGCCUAAAAGCUCUGCAGGUAAUCCACCAACAUGUAUCUCUGACCAUUCAAGAGUUACAUCAAUGAAUGGUCUCAAAAUCUACAAUGGAAAUAGGCGGCAUGGACAGAGAACAGGCAUCACAAAUAUUGUCUACAAAGAGAUAUUCAAUAACAUUAGGUCUCAACGAGAAGUAUAUUGCCUAGAAGAGGAGCAUAAGGUGCAGAAACAAGAGGUGAAAUGA